CUUAGUCACAUGACUAGAAAAUGGCGACGUUAGACAUCAAAUUGAAAAAAGCCAAUAAGGUGUAUCAAGAAGGGGAGCUUGUAAAGGGUGCAAUAUGUAUAGAUGCUGGAAAAAGUGAAGUAGCCCAUCAAGGCAUCACUUUGAUGAUGGAAGGUUCAGUGAAUCUGCAACUCAGUGCAAAGAGUGUUGGUCUGUUUGAAGCAUUCUACAGUUCAUUGAAGCCAAUGCAGUUGAUUAAUUAUUCUUUGGACAUUGCAAAGCCAGGAAAAUUGCCCGGUGGAAGAACUGAAAUUCCAUUUGAAAUUCCAUUAAAACCAAAAGGAAAUAAAGAACUAUAUGAAACUUACCAUGGAGUUUUUGUCAAUAUACAGUAUUCAUUAAAAGCAGAAAUGAAGAGACCUCUUCUUGCGAAGGAUUUACAGAAAUCCUGUGAAUUUAUUGUAGAAUACUCAGAGAAAAACAAAAAGGAUGGACAGGAGAAAGCCAAAUCAACACCAAAACCUGUACAGUUCACAAUCUCACCAGAGACGCUGACAAAUGUUAAAGAAAAACAGAAUGUGCCAAAGUUCAAGGUCAAAGGAAAGUUAGAGUCAGCUGUGAUGUGCAUCACUAAGCCACUUAGAGGAGAGCUAACAGUUGAACAUUGUGACACACAAAUCAAAUCAAUAGAAAUUCAGCUGGUACGAGUGGAAACCUGUGGAUGUGCUGAGGGGUAUGCCAAAGAUGCCACAGAGAUCCAGAAUAUACAGAUAGCUGAUGGAGACGUAUGCCGUGGUAUCUCUAUUCCUAUAUGGAUGAUUUUUCCUCGACUUUUUACCUGCCCAACACUUUCAACAAAUAAUUUUAAAGUUGACUUUGAAAUCAACAUAGUUAUUGUGUUUCAAGACAACCAUUUGGUGACUGAAAACUUUCCUAUCAAGCUGACCAGGUUUUAGUGAAGUUUAUGGAUUCCAUUGUUAUAAAAAAAAGUCAACACAACUCUGGACAUUUACUGAAUUUACUUUCAGAAAGGAAGAUUUAUUUUAAUUUUGCAAAUUAAAAUACUUUAAAAUUUUGACCUCGCCAAAAUCACUGAACAGUAUCACAAAAACUUGCCAGUCACCUGCAUCAUUCAGUGAUAAAGAUUCAUUUUUUAGCUCACCGGAGUCAAAGGCUGGAGUGAAUCUGCAUAAUACCACUUUAAGAACUUAUUACACGAUAUUUGCUGUAUCCACUGCAGGUUAUCUAUCACAAUUACUUGUCAUGAUGUUGCUAACACAUACAUGUACUGUAGUAACAUUUAUUAAAAUUCAUUUGGCUCAGGUUGGGGUGACACUAAUUGACUAGGGCAAGUGUUAAGGCCUGUAGGCCUAUAGUACUCCCUUAUCAUGAAUUCAGAACACUUUCUUGUAAAGCUUGUUUUCAUAUAAUAGCACUUCUUGAAAGUUUUUAACAUAUACAGAUGAGUGUAAAGAUUAUACAUGUAUUAUGUAACAAGUGCAAUAUUUAUUUUACUUAUUAAAAAGUAAUGAUUACUUUU